ACCGCCUGGAAGCAAAAGAAGAGCUUUCUCAGCCAGAGCAAAAUCGAGAGUGAAGCUUCUUUAAAACACUAUUCAACGGCUUAGUUCUGACGUUCUGGACUGCAGGAUCGCGCUACCAGGAUCGUGGACAUACACAAAGCUCCUGUGAACCAAAUUUUCAGGAAAGAGCAAUGGAGAUCGGAUGGAUGCGCAAUCAGAAACAAAGGCAAGUCCUAGUUUUCUUUGUUUUGCUGAGCAUGCCUGGGGUGGGCGCCGAGUUGGGGCCCUAUUCCGUAGAGGAAGAAACGGAGAGAGGCUCUUUUGUGGCAAAUCUAGGAAAAGACCUCGGGUUGGGGUUGACAGAGAUGUCCACCCGGGGGGUCCGGAUCAUUUCCCAGGGGAACAAGGAGCAUUUGCAGCUCGCGGUUCAAACUGGGGAUUUGCUCAUAAAUGAGAAACUAGAUCGAGAGGAAUUAUGUGGUCCCACUGAGCCAUGUGUACUACAUUUCCAAGUGUUAAUGGAAAAACCCUUAGAAAUAUUUCAGGCUGAACUGAGGGUGAGAGAUAUAAAUGACCAUUCUCCUGUGUUUACUGAAAAAGAAAUGCUUCUUAAAAUUCCGGAAAACAGUCCUCUAGGAAAUGCAUUUCCUCUGAGUAAUGCUGUGGACCUGGAUGUAGGAAGCAAUAAUGUUCAAAACUACAAAAUCAGCCCCAAUUCUCAUUUCCGAGUUCUAACCCAAGAGCGCAGAGAUGGCAGGAAAUACCCAGAGCUGGUGUUGGAUAAGGAGCUGGAUCGGGAAGAGAAGCCUGAACUGAGAUUAAUCCUGACUGCGCUGGAUGGCGGCUCACCACCCCGGUCGGGGACAGCCAAGGUUCGCAUUGAAAUAGUGGACACCAAUGAUAACGCCCCUGAGUUUGAGCAGCCGAUCUACAAGGUGCAGAUUCCGGAGGACAGACCUGUUGGCUCCCUGGUUGUCACGGUCGUCGCCAGGGAUUUAGACAGUGGAGUCAAUGGAAAAAUAUCCUACACACUCUUUCAGCCUUCAGAUGAUAUGAGCAAAACUUUGGAGGUAAAUCCUAGGACAGGAGAAAUUCGACUGAAAAAACAAGUAGAUUACGAAACAGUACUGUCUUAUGAAGUGGACAUCAAGGCCACCGAUGGGGGAGGUCUUUCAGGAAAAUGCACUCUUCUCCUGCAGGUCGUGGAUGUGAAUGAUAAUCCCCCAGAAGUGACCAUGUCUGCACUCACAAGCCCCAUCCCAGAGAACUCACCUGAGACUGUAGUUGCUGUUUUCAGUGUUUCAGAUCCUGACUCUGGGAACAAUGGGAAGACAAUUUCCUCCAUCCAGGAAGACCUUCCCUUUCUUCUAAAACCUUCAGUCAAGAACUUUUACACUUUGGUAACGGAGAGAGCACUCGACAGAGAAGCAAGAGCCGAGUACAACAUCACCAUCACAGUCACUGACUUAGGGACACCCAGGCUGCAAACACAGCUCAACAUAACCGUGCUGGUCUCCGACGUCAAUGACAACGCCCCCGCCUUCACCCAAACCUCUUACACCCUGUUCGUCCCAGAGAACAACAGCCCCGCCCUGCACAUCGGCAGCGUCAGCGCCACAGACAGGGACUCAGGCACCAACGCCCAGGUCACCUACUCGCUGCUGCCGCCCCAGGACCCGCACCUGCCCCUCGCCUCCCUGGUCUCCAUCAACGUGGACAACGGGCACCUGUUCGCCCUGAGGUCGCUGGACUACGAGGCCCUGCGGGCGUUCGAGUUCCGCGUGGGCGCCACAGACCGAGGCGCCCCUGCGCUGAGCAGCGAGGCGCUGGUGCGCGUGGUGGUGGUGGACGACAACGACAACUCGCCCUUCGUGCUGUACCCGCUGCAGAACGGCUCCGCGCCCUGCACCGAGCUGGUGCCCAGGGCGGCCGAGGCCGGCUACCUGGUGACCAAGGUGGUGGCGGUGGACGGCGACUCGGGCCAGAACGCCUGGCUGUCGUUCCAGCUGCUCAAGGCCACGGAGCCCGGGCUGUUCGCCGUGUGGGCGCACAACGGCGAGGUGCGCACCGCCAGGCCGCUGAGCGAGCGCGACGCGGCCAAGCACAGGCUCGUGGUGCUGGUGAAGGACAAUGGCGAGCGUCCGCUGUCUGCCAGCGUCACGCUGCACGUGCUCCUGGUGGAUGGCUUCUCCCAGCCCUACCUGCCGCUCCCGGAAGCGGCCCCGGACCAGGCCCAGGCCGACUCGCUCACCGUCUACUUGGUCGUCGCCUUGGCCUCGGUGUCCUCGCUCUUCCUCUUCUCGGUGCUGCUGUUCGUGGCGGUGCGGCUGUGCAGGAGGGACAGGGCGACCUCGGGGGGUCGCUGCUCGGUGCCUGAGGGCCUGGUGGAUGUCAGCGGCACCGGGACCCUGUCCCAGAGCUACCAGUAUGAGGUGUGUCUGAUGGAUGGCUCCGGAACAAGUGAGUUCAAGUUCCUGAAACCAGUUAUCCCCAACCUCCCGCCCCAAUGCCCUGGGAAAGAAAUAGGGGAAAAUUCUAACUUCCACAAUAGUUUUGGAUUUAACUAUUGAUAAAAACCCAUUUAAUAAAGACAUUAACUUCUUAAUAUUAUCUCCUUUGUUAAACUAAAUUGUUGAUGCUCACUACCACCAGUAAGGUUCUAUUUCAUUUUCUCUGUUUGAUUGGUCAUUAAUUUCCAAUUUUAUGCUUAAUUUCACCAUUUUCCUUUCCCACAUAUUUAUGCCAAUGAGGUGUUUCUCAUUAAAUCCCCAUUAAUGAAGUAGGCUUUAGCUUCAAAGUUAAUAUCAUCUUUUAAAAAUUCUUCUACUGUAUAAUUGUCUUUAUUUACUUUAUAUUAAUUAUUGCUCUAUUAUUUAUGUUAGUUCUCACUUUUCUAGAACUUCAAGUAUUAAAAUAAUGUGCUGCAUAUAAUAUGUGUAUUUUCUAUGUCAUAUUUCUUUUGUUUAUUUUCCUUUCAAAAUUGGUGUUCUUGUGGGUUUGUCAUAAUCAAUUUUCAUCAUAACACUUUUUGUAAACUAUGUUACU